AUCUGUACAGGUGGUGCGACAGUGGAUGUUCCGAUUCAAGUGUCUCGCGUAGCACCCGGUACUCCAGCAGACAAAUGUGCCCCUCGUUUAUCAGAGGGUGAUCAAAUCGUUCAGAUAAAUGGGCACGAUGUUACGCAUGGGCUUCAUCAGACCGUCGUUCAGUAUAUACAAAAAGCAAGAAGGACUAAUGAAGGCAAGUUAGUUUUGGUAGUGAAACCGAGCCCAAUCUAUUCUGGUGACGAGUAUGAGGAGCCUCCUUACCAUUACGUUCCGGUAGGUGACGUCCUAAGGACCCCAUCGCCCAGUAAUGCACUGGAACAAAGCAUGCUUCUUUUAGAAGACGGACUAGCUAACGGAGCAUUGAUUACACAAUAUGAGAUCAUGUACAGGAAACAUCCCGAUCUCAUGUGCGACGAGGCCGUUAAACCGAAAAACAUUAAUAAGAACAGAUAUAGGGAUAUUUUGCCGUAUGACGUUACGCGUGUCGUUUUAAAGCAUUCUCCAGGUGGUGACUACAUAAAUGCAAAUUAUGUUAAUAUGCAUAUAUCGGGUUCGGAUGUAAUUAACAAGUAUGUAGCAACGCAAGGCCCGCUUCCAUCUACAACCGAAGACUUCUGGCAGAUGGUACUCGAAGAAGAAAGUAAUUUAAUCGUAAUGUUAACAACGGUCGUCGAAAGGGGACGAGUCAAAUGUCACAAAUAUUGGCCGAGUUUGGGAGAGGAAUUGACACUAACCAACGUAACCGUUAAAUGCCUCGUAGAGGAAACUGACGACUCACGUAGCUUCGUUUUUCGAGAUUUUCUUCUGCAUGAUGUUAAGAACGACAGGGAGAGAAAAAUAAAACACAUGCAAUACGUAGCAUGGCCUGACCACGGCGUGCCCGAAUCGCCUGAACAAUUUCUUGGUUUUACGCAGCGUGUACGCGAAACGCGGGACACAGACGGAGGACCUAUGAUAGUGCAUUGUAGCGCAGGAAUCGGUCGUACGGGGGUGCUAGUACUUAUGGAGACCGCUAUGUGCCUUAUCGAAAUGGGCGAGCCCGUCUAUCCCCUUGACAUUGUUCAAAUAAUGCGCAAACAACGCGCCAUGAUGAUCCAAAAUGCUAGUCAAUACAGGUUCGUAUGUGAAAGUGUGCUUACAUUUUAUACACAAAAGAUUUUAGUAUCCGAAAAUCAUCAUCCGAGGUGAACGUGUACC